GCUCGAUCACGAUACCACGCUCGUGACAACUUCGGCCUGAAAAUAGAGUCACAGCCUCACAGCUCGGUGGCUCAUUAGGUAACUUCAUACCUACCUAGCAGCGGUGAGCGUUGCAUUAAAUAUCUCUGCGUUGUGCUUGUCCUCGAAGGCCAUAUUUCAGACUUGAACAGAUCUACAAGAUCAUAGCGACUUCUAUAAUCCGCCUCUUGUUGAGCACGACUGAGUACUAAGAACAAAAGAACCUGGGAGUACGAACAACACCAUGAGUACCUUCACACCCUUCACAGCUCCCUCUCCCUCCUCGCAACCCAAAAUUACCCCUCGCAUCAUCAUCCAUGGCGGUGCCGGAAACAUAACUCGUACCACCAUUUCCAAAGCCCGAUAUGAUGCCUACCAGGCCUCCCUCCGCAGGAUCCUUGCCUCAUCCGCCGAGCUCCUCUCAAAACCUGGAGCCACCGCCUUGGACGUGGCCACGCACGCUGUGUCGAUGCUAGAAGACGACCCUCUAUACAACUCUGGCAAAGGUGCCGUCUUCACGCGAACCGGGACGCAGGAACUCGAAAGCAGUAUCAUGGUUUCUAACGGGUACGUGAAGCGAGGAGUGGGUUGUAUGCUUUUGCAGCGGGUCAAAAACCCCAUCAAACUUGCCCGGGAGCUGCUGAUUAGAGGGGAGGAGGAAAAUGGAGGUGGAGCAAAAGACCAUUGCCAGUAUUCCGGGCCGUAUUUAGAAGAAUUGGCGAAGGAUUGGGGGAUUGAUUUGGUCGAUACGGAGUAUUUCUUUACGCAGAGGAAGUGGGAUGAGCACAUUCGAGGAUUGAAAGAAGAGGAAAAAAAGAAGCGAAAGGAGGAGCACAAGCUAAAAUUCCAGGAAGAAAGGAGAAGGAAAGAUUUGGAACUAGAGAAGCUUACGGUUCUCCAGGUAACAAAUUCAAUUGACCAUAUACAGGUAAACAGUAACGACUGGGAGAAAUCGCAUUACAUCCCCCUCGGAACCUGCGGCGCCGUCGUCCUCGACUCCUUCGGGACGGUCUGCUGCGCAACCUCCACCGGUGGUCUAACAAACAAGAUCCCCGGCCGUAUCGGCGACACUCCAACCAUGGGCGCAGGAUACUGGGCUGAAGAAUGGCUCGAAAAGACCCCCACUCCCACAGCCACUCCAAAUCUCAUUCCUCAGACCCAGGCGCAAACGCAAAUGCUAUACCAGCCCUCCCCAUCCCCAUCCGCACUCGCUUUAGACAAACUCUCACGUGGCGAUCUACGCGGCCUAAUGAGCCACUGUUUACCCACCGUCUCCCCCUCAAUUCUCACUCCUGCAUACACUCCCAUUCCUGCAUCAACUCCUUCAGCCUCUCCUGCGGAGAAAUCUUCCUCAAUUCGUCAUGCGGUCGGCGUAUCCUCCUCUGGCAACGGCGAUACCUUCGUGCGGAUGGCCGCAGCGCGAACUGUGGUCGCCGAAUCCCGCUUCUCCUCUAUCCCGCUCUCAGAAGCGCUCAGCAACAUGACAGGGCCGGGUGGCGAGCUCCAGCGCUCUGCCAGAGAUCGGUGGGGACAUGCGCAUGAGGGCGUAGGAGGAAUGAUAGGGAUUGAGCUUGUGGGGAAUAGGGGGACAGUUGUGUGUGAUUAUAAUUGUGGCGGAAUGUUUAGAGCGUGGACUGAGGAAGAUGGUGCGCAAAAGUGUUUAAUAUUCAGGGAGGAUAGCUAUGAGAGCGGACCGAAGGAGUGGAGAGAGGAAGAGAGGGAGGAGGAUGGCGGGGAUUCUUGGUGAUGGGGCUGUAACUCCGUGGAAUCAGGAUUGGGGCUGGAGCCUGGAGGAUCCUGGCUGGUGUACAUCAGAGGGCUAGAUGGUUGGAAUGGCAUUGCUAGGCGUCCUUGAUAUAGUAAGGUUUGCUGUAAGUUUAGACAUGUCGUCCGUUGGUAUUUAAUCCGGCACAUUAGAGCCGCAUACAUGACUAGAGUAGAAUUGAUUUGUUAAACCUCUUGC